CAUCCGCGAGGGGGCUAUUGAAUUUUGAAUCGUUUGUAUUCUAGUCAAAAAUGUCUUCAACAUCGCAAAAACACAAAAACUUUGUUACUGAGCCAAUGGGAGAUAAACCGGUCCAAGAUUUAGCCGGAAUUGGUGAAGUGUUAGGUAAAAGAUUGGAAGCAAAAGGUUUUGAUAAGGCUCACGUGGUGUUAGGACAAUUUUUAGUUUUGAAGAAGAAUAAAGAACUGUUUAUCGACUGGAUGAAAGACAUCUGCGGCUCCAACAGCAAACAGGCCUCGGAUUGCUAUCAGUGUCUUUCGGAUUGGUGCGAUGACUUUUUGUGAAUUUACAAAUGUCAAAAAAAAAUUGCUUCAUCAUAUUAUACUGGUUAUAAUUUGCCACCACUGUAAAUAUAGAUUACCAUAGUCAUGUAUCUGUGGUGAUUUUUAAAACACUGCUUUUAAUAUUUGUAACGAAUUAACCUAAGUUAUCAUAUUUGUUCUAUAAUAUCUAUUUUAUAUACAUGUAUUGAAUCACAUGUGUCUAAACAAGUGUUUGAGAUAGACAUUUUCAAAUAAAAAUAAAAUUCUU